UUCACUUUAGGCCAAACAGAAAAAACGACCUAACUCCAUGUUUAAAGCUUAGCAGUUCUCCAUAUAUAUUUAAAAAAUAUAUAAAAAGAUUACCCCUUUGAGAAAGAAAAAAAGAAUUAAUACAAAUUGUUUUUUUCUCUAGAAAAAGGGGUAAUCAAAUAAAAAAUGGAGACGGCUAGGCUUUUAGUUUGUGUGAUUUGUAUUGCCAGUUUGAUUCCGACCUUACGAGCCAAUGUUGCGGAGACGGAUGAGUAUUGGGUAACAAAAGCCAACGAAGCUCGUAGACGUACCCUUAUGGCUUACCAUCCUGAUCCUUAUCAGAUUGUCGACCACUUCCACGAGCGUCAUUACGACAACUCUACUGAUAUUGAAGAGACGGAGGAAAACGCUUCGGAGGAAGAGGACGACAUUGAGAUGAUUUCUAGUGCGACGAACAGCACAAGGAGGAGUCUAAGAGGUAGAGGUAAAGGUAAGGGUAGAGGGAAAUGGAGCAAGCUAAAGGGACCUUGCACUGCAAGUAACCCUAUCGAUAAAUGUUGGCGUUGCCAGCCGGAUUGGGCCAGGCGUCGCAAGAAGCUCGUCAAGUGUGUCCGUGGAUUCGGUUACAAGACCACAGGAGGCAAACGUGGUCGAAUCUACGUGGUCACAAGCAACAGAGAUGAUGACACGGUGAACCCUAGACCCGGAACACUGCGUCACGCUGUGAUUCAGAACGAACCACUGUGGAUCAUUUUCAAGCACGAUAUGAGCAUUAGGUUGUGCCAAGAGCUAAUGAUUAAUAGUCACAAGACGAUCGAUGCUCGUGGCACUAACGUGCACAUCGCAUAUGGUGCUGGGAUCACGAUGCAGUACGUGCAUAAUAUCAUCAUCCAUGGGCUUCACAUCCAUCACAUCGUCCAGGGCAGAGGUGGCAUGAUAAGAAACUCGAAUGACCAUUUUGGGUUUAGAGGAGUGGCCGAUGGAGAUGGUAUCUCCAUCUUUGGAGCAACAAACAUUUGGCUUGACCACAUUUCUAUGUCUAAAUGCCAAGAUGGUCUCAUCGACGCUAUAAUGGGCUCCACCGGUAUCACUAUCUCUAACUCUCAUUUCACCCACCAUAACGAUGUGAUGUUGCUUGGUGCACAAAAUGACAACCACGCGGACAAGAAAAUGCAAGUCACCGUGGCUUUCAACCACUUUGGUAAAGGACUUGUGCAGAGGAUGCCGAGGAUUCGAUGGGGUUUCGUCCAUGUUGUCAACAAUGACUACACUCACUGGGAGCUUUACGCUAUCGGGGGUAGCCAAAGUCCUACCAUUCUCAGCCACGGAAACCGUUUCAUCGCUCCUCCUCACCUACAACAUUACAGAGAGGUGACAAAGAGGGAUUCCGCUCCAGAAUCGGAGUGGAAAAACUGGAACUGGAGAUCCGAGAAAGACAUUUUCAUGAACAAUGCAUAUUUCAGACAAUCUGGAAACCCAAAGUUCAUGUGUUCACACUCUAGACAACAGAUGAUAAAGCCCAAACACGGUGUUGCCGUUUCAAAGCUAACCAAAUACGCCGGAGCAUUGGAUUGCCGGGUCGGAAAACCAUGCUAAACAAUAUUGCUCACUACUAUUUUUUUUCCUCCUUGUAUCUAGGCCAAAAUCUUUUUAAGAAAAAUCAUGGGGUAAAACUUUGAAAUAAGUCUAAUUUAUGAAGAUUUUUGUCUAAAAUAUGAAUGCGAACGGCUGGAUACUUUGUAACUCUAUUCUGUUUCUGUAUUACAUUUGUUGUGUGUGUGUUUUUUU